CAGGUUUAAUUUCAAAUGUUUCAACUCUUUCAACUAGUACCUUUUUCCACCUCAGUCCGAGUUUCAACUCGUUUGAACUCAGUGUAGCAAUGGCGAUGAUGCAAGGUGUGCAGAAGAACACGCUAUACGUGGGAGGCUUAGCGGAAGAAGUGAACGAGUUGAUCCUCCACGCGGCGUUCAUUCCCUUCGGCGACAUCAAGGACGUGAAGACGCCGCUGGACCAGGCCUCGCAGAAGCACCGCUCCUUCGGCUUCGUCACCUUCCUCGAACGGGAAGAUGCCUCCGCCGCCAUGGACAACAUGGACGGCGCCGAGCUCUACGGCCGCGUCCUCACCGUCAACUACGCCCUCCCCGAACGCAUCAAGGGAGGGGAGCAGGGCUGGGCCGCCCAGCCCGUUUGGGCGGAUGCGGAUACCUGGUUUGAGCGGCAGCAGCAGGAGGAAGAGAUGAAACGGAUUGAGAAGGAGAAUCGUGCGGCGAUGGAGGCGGCAGAAGACUUGCACCGGAAGCAAGUGGCAGAGCAGCGAGAGGGAGAGAAGGAAGAGGAAAUUGAGAUCAAGGAUGAUCCUAUGGCCAAGGCUGAAGCGGAGGUUCUUCAAAACCAAUGACUUGUCAAAACGGCGCAACUUGGUGAGGGAAAUGUUGCGUUUCAUUGUUUGUUUGCCUCAUUGUAAUGUCUGAUGAAUCUUGUGUAUGGGGUGACAUGGUACUGUAGAAUCUGAAACAGGGUAGCUAGUGAAAUGAAAUCACCAUUAGUUUGGAAAUGAAAUUACACUACUUUGAAUUUUAGAUUCAUAUAUACAUAUAAUGACCUUACAACAAAACUCUGAGUUUUUUCUAA